CCGGACGCCUCUCCGUCUGAACGAGAUCCAGCGGCUUUCAGACGGCCAGUCUUCUCGCAGAUCGCAACCUGCGUGGGCAACAAUCGAUCGUGAUCGAUCGCACGGUGCGUCCUUUCUGGGGUACCGCUUUGCAUGUCGUGUACGUGCGAGUCCAGGAGUAUUCCGUGUAUCACGAAUCUUCUAGUCAUCCGCGCACGGGCAUAUAUAGACGGCAAACAACUCGUGCAUCCUUGAUACACGAACCCGUCGUUUCGUCACGGUAAAUCGCAUUCAUCGAUUUACGUCUGUCGCUAUUUGUAUCGAUGCGAAUACAAAUUACGAGGGGUCGGUGGGCCAUAUUCGGUGGCUUCACUUUAAUUUGCCUCGCCAAUUUGCGAUUAGCUAUCGGUGACCAGAAUGAAGGCAACGAAGGCAGGACACAGAGGGAACAUGUGUGCUGCGCCCGACACGAAAAAAUGAUCGAUGUUGGAUACGGAAUAUCGGGCGAAAUUAUCCAAAUUGACGCGGGCCAUUGUCGUAAACUAUGUCCACGACACGUGCUGGACGAUCCAGGAGACGCGAGUCGACCUACUGUACAGAGAUGUUUCCCAGAAUCGCAUUGUCGUCCAAACGCGGCGAAACUAGAGAGGGUAUCGACAAUCCAAGGGGUUCGCGUGAUCGAAGUCACAGAAGCUUGCGAAUGCACGCCGGAUUCGUCCUGUCGGCGAGAAUCCUUCACGCAUCUCGUCCAUUCUGGCACUCCUCAUCAGGCCGUGAUGGACGUCGGAGUAUGUAUGGGUCACUGUGCUAAAGAUCUCGGGUGCAAGCCGGUGAGAAACAGCACGGUUAGCAUCAAAGGACCGAAUGGAGACGAAGUGUAUCAAGUGAUUGAGAAAUGUGGCUGUGCUGGAACAUGUCACAAAAUGGAUCACAUGGAGACCGUUCUAGAUUUUAGCGAGGUCGAAAUUAAGGAUGGCACGAACACAACGGACGUUAGGCCAGUCGUUCGGCAAAUUAACGUUGGACAAUGUGUUGGGACGUGUCCAGGGAAUGAGACGGAAAUGUGUCUUUUGAGGGACAAAAAAGAACCAUCGAGAUGCUUGGCCGCCUUGUAUUCAAAGCAACAUACUUGUACACCAGCUAGAUUCAAAGUUCACGAAUACAGGACUCGUCGUGGAUCGAAGAGAGAAAUUAUUCAAAUUACACAGUGCGCCUGCGUCUGAAUAAAAUAGAGAAGAUCGAGAGAGAUCUAUUGAAAUCAACGGACCAAUAAAACAGACUUAUAGAGAUAUUUAGGUUACUUUAUGCGUCGCGUAAAUACAAAGUACCAUUUCGAUGUUCCUACAUGCACCGUGUAUUGGUAUGACAAAUAAAUACAAUGACUUUCUAGAAAACGUCAACCGCUCUGAAACUAGUCCAUGUCCAUCGCGUUCUAUCCGUUUCGUUUGCUAAUGUCAAUUGUCGUAUUAAAUGAUUCUGCAAUUUUCAUGGCAAUCGGAUUAAUUUUUUAAGGAACGUUUAACAAGUUGGAAUUAGUUCCAGUUACGCGAUUAAUCCCCUCUCCAUGACGGAAGAUGACAAAAGUGGGAUUACAUUUGGUAAGGCGCAAUAAAAUGGUAUCUUUCGCGAAUAUGGCACUAGCCAACAUUUGUACUUACAACUAUUCUCUACGUCGUUUCCGUUCACGUACGAAUAAUGCAACGAGAAGAACGAGGUCGAAGUCGGUGCCCGACGUUCGAACGGAGGCGAAAAUACACGCUGACACCCUCGCGAGAUCCGUCAUCGUCCUCGUAGGAAAACAACCGAUUAUUCGCGAUAUCUAAAUAUUGCUGCGUGGAGCCACAUGACUCGCCACUCACGAAUCUACGGAAUUUAGGAAGCACGAGCUUUUUUUAAUAGAUCCACGAUGUCAUCAUCCCGUUGCUCAGAGAUGCAAAAUUUCUCGUCGAAAAGCACACAAGGCGUACAAUU